AUGCAGACCAACUUCUUUGUCUUUGCAGCCAUGCAGAGAGUAUUCACUUUUGGAAAAGGUAGGACUGAAGGCAACAAGGGCAUGAAGUCCUUGUUGGGAGGUAAAGGAGCAAACCUAGCUGAAAUGGCAAGCAUUGGAUUGUCAGUGCCACCCGGUCUCACCAUAUCAACGGAAGCAUGCCAGGAGUAUCAGCAGAAUGGCAAGAAGCUGCCAGAAGGACUGUGGGAGGAGAUAUUGGAAGGCUUGGAGUGCGUGGAGAAGGACAUGGGAGCUUUCCUUGGGGACCCUUUCAAGCCGCUUCUCCUUUCUGUUCGGUCUGGUGCCGCGAUUUCAAUGCCUGGCAUGAUGGACACUGUCCUAAAUCUUGGGCUCAAUGAUGAAGUGGUUGCUGGUUUGGCUGCGAAAAGUGGAGAUCGGUUUGCAUAUGACUCGUACCGACGGUUUGUAGACAUGUUUGGAGGUGUUGUGAUGGGCAUUCCACACUCAUUGUUUGAGGAAAAGUUAGAGAAGUUGAAGGAUGCAAAGGGUGUAAAGCUCGAUACACAGCUAACAGCCUCUGAUCUUAAGGAACUGGUGGAACAAUACAAGAAUGUCUACCUACAAGCUAAGGGUGAAAAGUUUCCUUCAGAUCCAAAAAAGCAGCUAGAGUUAGCUGUUAAAGCAGUAUUUGAUUCUUGGGACAGUCCAAGGGCCAUUAAGUAUCGAAGCAUUAACCAAAUAACUGGGUUAAAGGGAACGGCUGUAAACAUUCAGUGCAUGGUGUUUGGGAACAUGGGAAACACUUCGGGGACAGGUGUUCUAUUUACUCGGAACCCAAGCACUGGGGAACAGAAGCUGUAUGGGGAAUUUCUGAUCAAUGCUCAGGGAGAGGAUGUUGUUGCUGGAAUUAGAACACCAGAGGACUUGGAUACCAUGAAAAGUACCAUGCCCGAAGCUUACAAUGAGCUUGUGGCAAACUGUGAAAUCUUGGAACGGCAUUACAAAGAUAUGAUGGAUAUUGAAUUCACUGUUCAAGAAAAUAGGCUGUGGAUGUUGCAAUGUCGAUCUGGCAAACGUACGGGUAAAGGUGCAGUAAAGAUUGCUGUAGACAUGGUUAAUGAAGGGCUUGUUGAUACUCGAACAGCAAUUAAGAUGGUGGAGCCACAGCAUCUUGACCAACUACUUCACCCACAGUUUGAGGAUCCUUCCACUUACAAAGACAAAGUGGUAGCCACAGGCUUACCUGCAUCCCCUGGAGCAGCAGUGGGUCAGAUUGUAUUCAGUGCUGAUGAUGCUGAAGCAUGGCAUGCACAAGGAAAAAGUGUCAUUCUGGUAAGGACGGAAACCAGUCCAGAGGAUGUUGGGGGUAUGCAUGCGGCUGUAGGGAUAUUGACAGCUAGAGGUGGCAUGACAUCUCAUGCAGCUGUUGUAGCCCGUGGCUGGGGAAAAUGUUGUGUUUCUGGUUGUGCUGACAUCCGGGUUAAUGGUGCAGAGAAGCUUCUCGUCAUUGGUGACAAUUUUAUUAGAGAAGGGGAAUGGCUUUCAUUGAACGGGUCUACUGGUGAGGUGAUCUUGGGUAAACUACCACUCUCUCCUCCAGCUUUAAGUGGUGAUCUGGAGACCUUCAUGUCUUGGGCUGAUAAAAUCAGGCGUAUUAAGGUCAUGGCAAAUGCUGACACACCAGAAGAUGCACUAACAGCACGAAAUAAUGGUGCCCAAGGGAUCGGACUCUGUAGGACAGAGCAUAUGUUCUUUGCUUCCGACGAGAGGAUAAAGGCUGUGAGAAAAAUGAUAAUGGCAGUUACGACUGAACAGAGGAAGGCAGCCCUGAACCUGUUGCUGCCUUAUCAAAGAUCUGACUUCUCCGGCAUCUUCCGUGCAAUGGAUGGUCUUCCAGUGACAAUCCGACUAUUAGACCCUCCACUCCAUGAAUUUCUACCAGAAGGUGACCUUGAGCAGAUUGUCAGUGAACUAACCAUGGAGACUGGCAUGACGCAAGAUGAAGUUUACUCAAGGAUUGAAAAAUUAUCAGAAGUAAAUCCCAUGCUUGGUUUCCGAGGCUGUAGGCUAGGGAUAUCGUAUCCAGAGCUAACUGAAAUGCAGGUGCGUGCAAUCUUUCAGGCUGCUGUUUCUAUGAGUAACCAAGGUGUUAAAGUCCUUCCGGAGAUAAUGGUUCCUCUUAUAGGAACACCUCAGGAACUAGGGCAUCAAGUGAAUUUAAUACGUAGCGUUGCCAAUAAAGUAUUCUCUGAGAUGGGUUUCUCCUUGAGCUAUAAGGUUGGGACCAUGAUUGAGAUACCAAGGGCUGCUCUGGUUGCAGAUGAGAUUGCCAAGGAGGCAGAAUUCUUCUCCUUUGGGACCAAUGACCUGACACAGAUGACUUUUGGGUACAGCAGAGAUGAUGUUGGCAAGUUUCUUCCCAUAUACCUUUCCAAAGGCAUUCUCCAGAAUGAUCCAUUUGAGGUACUCGAUCAAAAAGGUGUAGGUCAACUUAUCAAGAUUGCCACAGAAAAGGGUCGAGCAGCUAGGCCAAGCUUGAAGGUUGGAAUAUGUGGAGAGCAUGGAGGGGAGCCUUCUUCUGUGGCAUUUUUUGCAAAGGCCGGACUGGACUACGUCUCAUGUUCUCCAUUCAGAGUGCCUAUUGCUAGGCUAGCCGCAGCACAAGUUGCUGUAUGAUCAGGAAGGACCUUUUCUCGGGAAGAGGACUCCAGGUACUGCAUAUAAACAGUUGUACAUAAAUAAGAACGUUCCAAAGGUGGAUGAAUGGAAGAAUACAGAAGUGAAUUAAAAAGGAAUAUUCCUUAUGAUGAGAGGAGAAGACUAUUAGAAGUCAAGUGUAUAAUUUGCUUGUGGACCUUGUAUUCAAUAAAGAGUUUCAAGUAAAACCAGUUAUUUUCUUUCUUGAUUAUUAGAAAAAAAAUAUGCUUAUACAAUGUUUUGAAUUCCUAUCAAUGAG